UGAGAUCCCGCCUUUGCUCCCUUCGCCCGGUUUGGUUUUGCCCCUUCGGCCUGUCUCGCGCAGUGUUCCGGCCUCGUUGCGUCGGGAUGAGCUGCGCUGUUUAUCCAUGGAGACCAAGCGGCCUGAGAUUCCCGGCAGCGUCUUGGACGACCUGUGCAGUCGAUUUAUUUUGCACAUUCCCAGUGAAGAACGAGACAAUGCAAUUCGUGUCUGUUUUCAGAUUGAGCUUGCCCAUUGGUUUUACUUGGAUUUCUACAUGCAGAACACACCAGGAUUACCUCAGUGUGGGAUAAGAGAUUUUGCUAAAGCUGUUUUCAGCCAUUGCCCUUUUUUACUUCCUCAAGGGGAAGAUGUGCAGAAGGUUUUAGAUGAAUGGAAAGAGUACAAAAUGGGAGUGCCAACUUAUGGUGCAAUCAUUCUUGAUGAGACCCUUGAAAAUGUACUGCUAGUUCAGGGUUAUUUAGCAAAAUCUGGCUGGGGUUUUCCAAAAGGAAAAGUGAAUAAAGAGGAGGCUCCACAUGACUGUGCUGCCAGAGAGGUAUUUGAAGAAACUGGUUUUGAUAUAAAAGAUUAUAUCAAUAAAGAUGACUAUAUUGAAUUAAGAAUCAAUGAUCAGCUAGCACGAUUAUAUAUCAUCCCAGGCAUUCCAAAGGACACAAAAUUUAAUCCUAAAACAAGAAGAGAGAUUCGGAAUAUUGAAUGGUUCUCAAUUGAUAAAUUACCUUGCCAUAGAAAUGACAUGACACCAAAGUCCAAGCUAGGUUUGGCACCUAACAAGUUUUUUAUGACCAUUCCCUUCAUCAGACCCUUGAGAGACUGGCUUUCUCGACGUUAUGGAGACUCUUCAGAUAGUGAUAAUGGGUUCUCAUCCACCAGUAGCAGCACACCACCUAAAUCCAAUGUAGAAAAACACAGAUCCAAACUCCAUUAUAGUCAGCAGGUGUUUACAGAUACACCUUUGGGAGACCAAUCAAGGCAGAGGCAAUUACAGCAACAAAAGCCAUAUAACAAUCAUUUUGAUAUGCCUGAAACUUUAAAAUUAAAGAAUGCACGAGGCAAUGGCAAAAAGCAGUAUCAAGAUACUCCUAAUCAAAAAAAGAGAACAAAUGGAGUUCAAAAUCAGCCAGCCAAACAGAACCAAACUUUGGUAAGAUGCACAAAGAAAUGUGAAAAGAAGUUGCAUCCAAGAAAACUUCAAGAUAAUUUUGAAACAGAAACAGCAUAUGAUGUGUGUUGUCUCAACGAAGACCAGCAACUAGAACGUGGACAAUCGGUGUCAUGCAAUGGCCAUUGUAAAUUCUCUUUCUCAUCACGUGCUUUUCUGAGCUUCAAGUUUGACCAUGAUAUGAUCAUGAAACAUUUUGACCUCUGAAGCUUGGUGAUUUGCACAAGCUGGCUAGAGUUUUGGCACAGAGCAAUUGAGUGGGUUUUUAAAAUCCAACUUUUACACUUUCUCAGGUUUUAAAGCAAUGCAGGGACCUAGUGGUGGACUGGAAGGUUUUGUUCUCAUUGCAAUAUGGGAGUAGCACCAUAUAGUAUUGCACUUUAAAUGCAGUCUAGCUUUUACCUGCAAAAAUGCUUUCCAGUGUAUCAUUUACUAGUUCCUAGCUAUGCAUUAGAGGGCAUUUUUUAAAUCAUUUGUUGUCUGUCUAGAUUUUGGAGGAAUAUUUUGCCUUUGGUCGCAUUAACUUUUUAUGCAUUUAAAUUGCUCUGAUGUAUAAUGGUUUCAUUUGUGAUACUUUGCAGUACAGAUGCUGAAAACCCAUACAGAUUUUCUGAAGAGAUCAAUAUUCUGUACUGUGGAAGGAGCUAGGUGUUUUAUGAUUCAGAAUGCUAAAAGGCAAACUUUUGUUCUGAGAAUCAUUCUGUCUGGGAUCUUACAAUAUUCAAAUCAAUUUAUUUCCACAUCUUUGUUGCACUGUAUUGGAACUUUUUAAAAUAUAGGCAUAAUUUAAAAUUGUAUUGCCAUUAUAAUAUUUUAUCUUACAUUCUGUUCAGUAGUUGUGUUGUUUCAGCUCCAGUGAGAAGAUGGUGGUGAUAUUGAAAUGUGUCUAAUACAACUUUUACUGUUUCCCGUGUGUGAAAUGUCUAAGCUGUUUCCAACCAGAAGAAUUACAGGUAUUAGAAGAUGAAACAUGAAAAUGUGUGUUUAGGGAGAUGAUUCUAGCAGAUAGAAUAAAUUAGUUUUUGAAGUACUACCAAGAUAAACAUUAUUAUAUAAAACCAUGUGGCUUAUAGCUUAUGUAGCAUCAAACUGAGGCUUGAAAAAAUACUCUAGCCAAUCCCAAAGCCCUGUUAGCUGUGCUGCCCAUGGCAGAAGUUGCAUGGAUGGUUUGAGGAGGCUUUCUAGUCUAAUGGAGCUAUAUAUUUUAAAAGUUCCUCCUAAAAGCAGUAUGAGAGGGAAUUAGCCAUACCUAAAGACUGGCAGAGUUGAUAGCCUAAAUCAGGAAAAAGGAACAUCGUUGAAUCCAAAGCUGGUUCUUCCCCACCGUGGAACACCAUAUAUUGAGACUGUGUGCCAUUUGCUGCCACCAGUGGACUUAGGAGGAUUUCUACAGUAAUGGAGUUCCUUCAUACUGGCAGAAGAGCACCACCACCAUAUUCUAACCCUUCUCUACAAACAUCAAGGGCUUUUGUUUAUACUGUUUACUAGGUUUGUAUCAUUUCUUUUAGUAUUUUGCUCUGAUUUAAAAUUGAGUUUGAUGUCAGAGUAGUAGCUCAAAAAUGUAUCGUGCUAUGUCAGUGAAAACAUGGAAAGGAAUAGCAACAAGCAAUACAAAAAAACUGAAUUUAUAGUCCUAGCCCAAGCUGCACUGAAGGAAUGUGUGUGAAUAUGGAUUGUAUAAAAACUGCUACUGAAUUUUGUUUCCUCAGUGCCCUAUACUUACUGUGACAGUUUGGGUUCACAGUAUGCACUGAGAUUUCUCAAAUUUAACCAGAGUAGGCUUGAAAGUUAAGUAUAGCCCAUUCACCUGCAAAAUCCCUGCAAUAUAUGGUUUUCCCUUGUUAAAGGAUUGUACAAUGAAAUUUAUAUGUAACUAUUGUAUGCCUCUUCUUCAUAAUUGCAAAAUAGGUGCAGAUUAAUUUCCGAGUAAGUUCAGUUUUCUUUGUUGGCCAUUUUGUAAAUGAUUGAAUGACAGACUAGCCUGUUGCCUACAUGCCUGCCUGCUGCAUCCAGCAUUUAUUCAUAACGUGAAGUUAGUUGGAUUUACAUAUCUGUUAAAAGUAAGAUAGUUGAACAACUGAGGAUGAAGAUGCCAUUUUAUUUUAUUUAAUCUUCAUCUGUGAAGAUACAUUUUUGGUCAGUAUUUAAUGCAGGUUGACUUUUCUAGUAAUAAAAGUGCCUAAUUUGCUAACUUCUCAAUCACCGCAAAUUGGAUUUUCAGGCUGCUAGUGCCAGUCUUCUUCUGAUGUGUACCUUGAUUUCCAGGAGUGUUACUGUUUUAUGCUGCUUCCUUUUUGAUAUGCCAUUAAUAAGAGAAAUGUUGGCACAGUUAUGUGUAUUUUGAAUAUGAGAUGCUUAAGUGUUAUACUAGCAAUGUGAGAUUAAUUUCCCCAGGUGAAAUAACUUUUAGGGGGCACAUAUUUUUCCCUUUUGAAUAUACAAAAUGUUUUCUGUUUUGCAGAGAAUAACUUCUUCAGAAAAUCCAAUGUCUGACUACUACUUUGUUGAGGACUUCCCAGGGACUCUAAAAGACUAAUCUCGGUUUAUUAACCUAGCCUUAAUAUAGGUUGCAAAUUAACAUAAUAAAAUAUGCAAUAAUUAUCACUUUUACAAGAUACUAUAUUGCACAUGGUUGUAUUCCUUAAUUUGACUGCUAUCAUGUCUUAAAAGUGUGGAAAAUAAUGUAGUAGUUCCUGGGCACCCUGCACUGUGAACAUUUCAGAUUGUUUAUCUUUUUGGUUAGUAAUGGUGCUUUUUAUUUUUUGCAAAGUGCUUAAAUGAAUUAUUACACUCAUGUAUUCCAAAAUGCAGGCAUAUGGUUUACCUAGGUUUCUAUAUAACAGUGAAGAAAAGGCAAUUCAGUGACUGUAAUUGAUUCUUGUUUCUCUGAUUGGGGCAUUUUAAAGGAUGGAAAAUAAAUGAUCUGUGAAUGGAUCUGAGCUCAUCUCCAUUAAAAAUCUUACUGCUUGACUGUUGGAUGCUGUGCUGCUGUUUAGGAGGAGGCAUGGCCAUUAUUAAUCUGCCUUACUCGAUUGAAUUGUUAAGUAUGCCCACUUGAAGCUUUUGAGAUCAAGUUAAGUGACUUCUGCUAUAAAGAUAUAGACUGUAAUAUCAUCUUUGGAGAGUGUUUGUAUGUGUCUGCUUAGUAAAGGUUUUGAUUCCUUACUAACACAUGUCUACUCUGUCAGGGAUAUGUUUUGUGGUGGCAUGAAGUCUCUGGUCUUCCUUUGGAUGCUUUUGAAACAUUUAGAGAAAACAGAUUGGAAGACGUAUUCCAGCUUCAGUUGCUCUUCAUUUUUUUUUAGGAUUAUAGGCAACAUUUAAGCAGAUUUUUGAUAGUUUUGUAUACAGCUGUGCAUGUAUGUUUCAGUUUAAACUUGGAUUUUGUUUACAUGGCUGUCAGAUAUACAGUAUAUGAUCACACAGUCAAGUGAUAAUGUAUUAAUAUAAUCUUUUACACAAGUUUUGGUUGUUAUCACAAAGUAGAAAGUGAUGAGUGACUUAAUGAAUAUAUACUUAAAGCAGCUUCUGACAUUUUUAAUAUAGAGGUCAUGGAUGGUAUAAGUGCCUCUGUUCAGUUUUUUUUUUUUCCCAUUGCUGCUUGCCUGAAAUUGAUCAUUGUCAUGUUUUCUGUCUGAGAGCAGUGUUGUGGCAGAUACUAUUUUAAAUUCCAGGUCAAAGACUGUGAGAUUUUGCUGGUUAGAUAUGUAAAUUUUGAUUGUUCCUAUGCUAGAUCAAGCAUGUGGGACGUAGAUAUUUUUGUAAAUUAAAUCAUGAAGCAUCCAAUUCAGAUGUUCUGCUCCUGCUUUCUUACAUUUGAAUUCUUAUAUGUGCGUUUAAUUCAUAUGCACUGUGAAGGCUUCCUUGUAGGAAAGCCGCCUAUUACUAAAAUCUAAAUGUGGUAUUUAAAUGUGUAUCUUUUUCAAGAAGAGGAAAUUUGGCUUUAAAUGCUACUAUAUGCUGAAAGCUCUGAUAGAUGCAAAAUGUAUUGAAUGCUUAUAUUCAGUAUAGAUUUCACUGUUCUUCCAAGUAUGUUUGUCAGAAAUGAUGCAUGAAGGUCCUCUUUAUUUUUGUUAUUGGGAACAUGAAAAGAUCAAUGUUCUGAUGGGUUUUGAACUAUAAAUCCAGUUUUUAAUAUCAACACAGAUUUAAUUGUUUGCUUCAGACAAUGCCUAGGAUUCAUCAAUUGAAUUUGUUCCAUGUAUUCAAGGAGAUUUUGGACUUUUCUUAGGCAACAGCAUCUUGUAUUAGAUGGCAAAGAUUUUUUUUUUUUUAAA